AUGGCUCCCCAGGACUCCCUAGAAUCAAACUCAUUCAGUGGAGAUAAGAAGGCUGUGUUCACCGUAUCAGACGAAGAAAAGGCCUCUCCAUCCACGACCGAGCCCGUCUACGAUGGUGACCAGUAUCUGGGUCAAGCACCCACCGAGGAGGAAUUAAAUACCCUACGCAAGGUCGCGGGCCCUGUAUCAGGAUCCGGGUAUUGGCUCUGCACCGUUGAGUUUGCAGAACGUGCCUCCUAUUAUGGCUGCACCUGGGUCUUUCAGAAUUUCAUUCAAUACCCUCUUCCGCCUGGUGGGAAUGGUGCGGGAGCGUCGGCGCCAGGGUCCGAGAAGCCCGCAGGAGCAUUAGGGCAGGGAUUGCAGGUCUCGUCCGCCCUGACGCUGUUGUUCAAGUUCCUUGCGUACUGUAUUCCCAUCUUUGGUGGCUGGCUAGCGGAUACAAGACUGGGUCGGUAUAAGACAAUCUGUAUCGGUGUGGUCAUUUGCGGUGUUUCGCAUGUUAUCAUGGUGGUCGGUGCGAUUCCGAGCAUAUUACAGGCCGGCCAUGGCAUGGCUCCGUUCAUUGUCAGUUUGAUGAUUCUCGCAUUGGGAGCAGGUAUAUUCAAACCGAAUAUAUCCCCGACUGUCAUGGAACAAGUCACGUUCAAGCAUCCUUACAUUAUGACGCUCAAGUCCGGAGAACGGGUCAUUGUGCACCCUGAAACCACUAUCCAACGACUUACACUUACAUUCUACGCUCUGAUCAACGUGGGUGCUUUCUUCGGGCUGGCGACCAGCUACGCCGCGAAGCGUGUCGGAUAUUGGCUGGCAUUCCUGCUCCCCGGCAUUAUUUACUUCUUGAUGCCGAUUAUCCUGGCGUUAGUAUACAAGAAGACAAUUAAAACUCCCCCACAAGGGAACAUUCUGGGAGACACCUUGCGUGUUAUCAAACUGGCCAUCCAACAAAAUGGGUUCCGGAAGUUCGGAUCGGAGGCGUAUUUCGACCCAGUCAAGCCAUCGGAGCUUGCGCGGAAGGGGAUCGCAUCAUACAAGGGAAAACCGAUCAGCUGGAACGACGGGUUCGUGGACGAUGUUCGACGCACGCUGGUCGCUUGCCAAAUCUUCCUCUUCUACCCCCUUUAUUAUCUCAACAACGGAGGCAUCGGAAGUAUUACCAACUCGCAAGCUGGAUCAAUGACAACCAAAGGUGCACCGAACGACCUCGUUAGCAACUUCAAUCCUCUAACUAUCAUCAUCGCAUCCCCGAUCCUCAACUAUGGUCUUUAUCCUUUACUUCGCAAGCAUCGGAUCGAAUUCGGCCCUAUUAAACGUAUUACACUCGGCUUCAUCCUCGCCGCUCUAAGCUGUGUCGUCGGCGCCCUCCUCCAAUGGCGCGUCUACGAAACCUCACCUUGCGGCUACUACGCGACAGAAUGUGACAUCGGCAGCGGCGUCUCCCCGCUCUCCGUCUGGGCCCAGAUCCCAAUGUACGUUCUCCAGGCCCUCUCAGAGCUCUUCGCCGUCGUCAGCGGAUACGAACUGUCCUUCUCGCGGUCUCCGAAGAGUAUGCGUGCGUUGGUCGUCGCUCUCUUCCUUUUUAUGUCUGCCGUCUCGUCCGCCAUCAGUCAGGCUGUUGUUCCGGCGUUGGCGGAUCCACAUCUUAUUUGGCCGUUUGUGGGGACUGCUGUCCCCGGGGUGAUUCUGGCCGGGGUAUUUUAUUGGAUGUAUCGGGAUUUGGAUAAGGAGACGUUCUUGAGGGAGGAUUCGGAUAGUCAACAGGAGAUUCUGUCGGAGAAGGAUAAAAGCUAG